CGUAUAAAUUUUAGCAUUUUUUUAAUGUGUUCCCUUUACACCUCCGUAUUAAGGGCUUAUCUGAGCUGUCUGAUUAACUUGGGAUUACGUGAUAAAUGGGGACGGACCGGGAUCCCCAUGACGUAUUAUUCCAAUAAUUUGGGGUUUGGAGGAGAUGCUGAUUAAUUGUAAAGAGUAAAUUGUAACUAACGAAACUCAUGGACGACGACGACGAUAAUAGUAGGAAUACGGCGUCUGAAGGUCGCAAGCGCCCACGAUCACGAAACGACGAUGCGCCCUCCUCAGCUUGUGAUCAAUGUCGAUAUCGUAAGAUCAAGUGCGAUAGGCUUCAACCAGAGUGUUCUAGUUGUCGUAAAACCGGCAUCGCUUGUACCUCAUCCGGCACCGUUAAGCGUGUAAAUCAAACCAAGCAGCUCCGAGAUGAUUUCACUACCGUUCUAGAGCGUCUCGACGGAGUCGAUCAGACUUUAAGCGCCCUCACUAAAAUCACCGAACAACUUGCCGCUCGAACAUUCACAUCCAACUCGAACCCCUCUCCUCCUACUUCAUCUUUACCUCAACCAACACAGACCUCGGAUAACGAUGAAGGUAGUGCCAUUUUACCAAGCGCCCAGAGGGAUCGACCUGGACGGGUGGAUGGAUGUCGGCAUGAAACCAUAAGGUUAGGUCAAGGGGGCGAACGGAUUUAUAGCUAUCCUGCGGCUAUUCCUCUACUUGUAUCGUUAUCGAAGCAGCUAGCCCAAGUUCUCGCCGAGCGCGGGGGUCAGCAAGACGGCGGUGUAGACGCGAUUGUCAAGGACCCAGCGUUGCGAAUUGCUCUUCGACGACAACUCCAAAACUUUCCCCUCCCCCAGUGUCAGCAACCCGUCGUGGCGAGCGACCACAAGCCUAUCACGACUCCACCGCGAUUUUUAGUUGACUUGUUUGUUAAUAACUUCUUGCGCAAUAUCAACAUCCGCUUUCCAAUAUUCGAAGAGACACUACUCUAUCGUGCUAUCGAUACGUAUUAUUCGGGCGAGUCGUCAGGCGAUAGUAGCGCUUGGACAUCCAUAUUCAACAAUAUCGUUUUAAUUGGUUUGGGCUUCGAGGUGCAGGUAGCGGAAGCUACCCAGUCUAAUAUAAGGAAUAUGAACAAUGAUCUACUUCCUUCUUUCUUACAGAACUGCGACCGUGCUCUAGCUGAUCUCGACUCUUUCACUUGUCCCUCUAUAAUUAAUGUUCAAGCGCUCAUAAUGUUGGCCCUCACAUCUAAGCAGUUCUAUGGUAAUAUAAUGUUUGAACGUAUAUGCCAGACGGCCUGCCAGGUCGGCCUUACUCUCGGUCUCCACCGAUCCAGAACCAGUGAAGACGACGCCAGCCACAGACAAACAGAGUGGGAACGACUAUUCAGAGUUCUCUAUGCUCUAGACAAACUGCGUGCUUUCAUGUCUGGUCAGACCUGCGAUAUUCAUCUAUUCGAUUCGGACUUAACUUUGAGUUCCAUCAACGACAAUGAGCUACCAAGUCGGCGACUCAACAACGCUUUCGACUACAUGAUGGAAAUCUGGGAAGAAGUAUACCUCUCCCUUUAUUCCUCGAGAGCGAAUACCGCCGGAGAGGCAUAUCGUGUUCGACAGGCGCGUCGCAUGACUCAGCUUGUAGAUGAAUGGAACCAGCAAAACCACGAAUUAAUAACGGCCAUAUUCCCGGAAAAUACAGCAGAACUAGCUAACAUACAACUUGAACUGAAGUAUUGUUAUCAUGUAACUCAGGUCCUUUGCCUUCGCCAUGAUCGCCAGGAUGAGCUUGCUCAGCAUCAAAUGCGCGAUCAUGCUCGCAUUUGUCUUAGACUUGUUUCCGAGGUUGGUUCCCCGUCACUCACUACGACAAGCUUAGCUCUACUAGACCGAAUGCUCGGCAACUAUCCCGUAGUAGCAUUCAUAGAGCUAGUCGCAUUUUACUUCAACACCUUGGCCAAAGGUGAAGCCCCGGAACCAGAACUCGAGGCUGAUUUAGAAAUCUUAUGGGCUGUUUGUCGGUAUCUCCAGGCUUUGCACAAUCCCAGCUUUCAGGCGACAUAUUACCCUCGUCUACGAGAUGGCUUGGCAUGGGCUCUAGAAAAUAUCGAAAUUAUGAAAACCAAGCCAGGAGGUCAAUCACAGGGACCUCUAGACUAUAUCGAUAUUAGUCCCCUCGAUCUACGCUGCCCACAUUCCUUUUUUAUACCAGACACUACCUCAAGUCCGGUAGGAGAUCCAAUUUCAACCAGUUCCCCAGCCAAUAGAACAGGAGAGAACCUAAAUACACCCUUAAUACAACAUCCCGAAGAUGGUGGAAUGGAUCUGGGGGAGUCUGCAAUAGAUCUCACAAGCUUCGACUUUUGUACAACUGCACCUCCGUCAAUCUCUUUAGAUGGAUCCGGCUUACAAUCUUAUUCCGCACCCACUCACUCGGACUAUAACCUAACAUCAGAUCUAUUUCAGUUAUUUACGACAGAAAAAUAAGUUGGGAGUGGUUCAUUUAAGUACUCCUUUGCUACACCAAUGUUGCUUAUGCAUUUCGACUAGUUUACCCGGCUCGACUGUACGUAUAACGCCCAUCGAAUCACAUGCUUGGCUAAUUAUUUUUUAAAUCUACAUUGGCAAAUACUAAGAGAGCUGGAAAGUCAGUUGUGGACUAUGACUGAAUUCAUCAUCCGGCGCAAAAUUACGGGCUUAAAACUGAUAUAGAUAUAAUAGUACAUUUGGCAUCCUCUUUUGGUCCGCUUGACAUGGUAAUCGACAACUCCGAGUCAUAUAUAUGGUCUUAAAUAACAUGUGUCGAAUUAUAUACAUGAGAUACUCGUUUUAUUUUCGCGCCAUUUGGAUUGUCUUAUGCGAAUAGCCAAUAUCCUUAUUAUACGUCAAUCCGAAAGAGGCAAAGGUUUAUUUUACUCACAAUAAUACUCAGUCACAAGUUAGCCCAUAGGCAAGUAGUUUAUUAACAUUAGAGAACUUACGGAUGGAACCGUGUGUACCGGGUCUCUUGAUUUCAGUUAUAGAAAAGGGGAGAAAAGCGAAAUCACAUUGAUAACAACUAAGGCUAUUUUCACGAUGGAAGUAAAUCUUGGCAUUUUCCCCUUUUGUUUUGGAUUAAACUAUCAACUGAUAAUACUCGAUGCAAUCUAAAAUGCUGACGAUGAAGAUACGAAUUCCAACAUAUACCUACCUCCCC